AUGAAUGCUUGUAACCUGUCGACUCAGGCUCCAAGCACAUCGCAAACGAUGCUCGCCAGCCAAGAACCGCAGCUCCGUCCAAAUAAUACAGGUAUCGUUGCAUAUAUCGUCGUCAUGGCGGUCAUCUUAGCAGUGGGUUUUGUUGGCAACGUGCUGACUAUAUUAGUUUUAAGUUGCCACGAACACAAAAACAAGAACAUCACCCCAUUCAUGAUGAACCUCGCGAUCGCUGACAUCAUUAUUAUCGUUUUUGGAUAUCCAGUGGUUGUUGCAGCCAACUUUACCUCCUCCGGGCUCAACGUUCGUAACAGUCGGACCCAGUGCAUUUGGUCAGGAUUUAUUAAUGGCUCUGUUGGUAUCGCCUCCAUUGCCAACUUAACUAUGAUGAGUCUGGUGAUGUAUUCUGCCAUCAGCAAGGUUAGCAACAAUACAAAAAUCCCCAGACCGAAGAUGAUCGGCAUUAUUAUAUUUACGUGGGUGUAUGGAGUGAUGGCUAUGGUCCCGCCAUUAGUGGGCUGGAACGAAUUCGUCCCAGGCGCCUCCGGCAUCAGCUGCUGUCCGAACUGGUCACCCGAAACAAAGGCUGGAAUGGCGUACAAUAUGUUGUUGGUUUUCGUUGGCUUCGUUCUGCCACUAAGCGUCAUUAUUUACUCUUAUCACAGGAUAUACAGGUCAGUGAACAAUUUUUUUAGGGUUUCUUGGUUGACAAAAAAUACCUGAUUCCAUCGGAACAAAACAUUGAGUGAUUUACAUUGGUUUCCACAAAUAAAGAGGGAAUUUCAAAGCAGUCAUCAGUGAACAGUUCGUUAGAAAAAUAAAUGAUAAAAAUAAAAGAGAAAAGAUCAAGAAAGUUACCUGAAAAGCGGGUCACAAAGUUAUAACACGAUCCAACAUCUAAUUGGUCGAUAGGGUGGGGAAAGACUUAAGGCAAAAAAAAAAAAAAAGAAAAAAAAAAAAGAAAACUGAGGAUAUUGAUAAUGUUAACAGGAUUUUUUUCGUUGCAGGUAUAUUCGUGCACAGCCACCAAUGCUUGGAAGUGCUUCGAUUCAAGCCAUCCGAAGAAAAUCCGAGAUCAAAGUCGUGCGCAUGAUUGCCAUGUCAAUUGCAGCCUUCGUUCUAAGCUGGUCUCCCUAUACUUUCGUCAGUAUUAUGGCCACCAUCCGGGGUUCUAAUGUUCUGACACCUGACUCGGCAGAAGUCCCGGAUCUUUUAGCUAAGGCUUGGGUUAUCUACAAUCCCAUCGUGUACACAGCAAUGAACGACAGAUUCCGUAGAACCUUGAUGCGUAUUGUCUCAAUUCGCUGCAUCUUCCGCAAGGCAAUAAAUCCAAUGGGAAGAACGAUGUCACUCACGGUGGAAUCACGCCCCACGCAUGCGUACACGAUACCGGAUCCACCGAGGGAUAGAGCCCAAAGUGUGGUUUAA